AUGUUACUUGUUUACGUCCUGUUGGGCCUUGUGUACCAUGCCAACCCGACCAAUUCAGCCGGUACUCAGACGUUCGGCUCUCAGCCAUCUCAGUCCGCAUUGCUGGCCAGCGUGCCGCCCACAGUUGCCUGCUGGGCGACACCGUAUUGCAAUUCCAUUCUCGUGGACUUUUCGCACUGCUACAAUCUCACUGGGACGCUGAAAAGUCCCAAUGGCGAUGAUGGACGAAGCGAGGUCUACCAACGCUGCCUCUGUAACGACCGAGGAACUGUGUACAAAAACAUCCUCACGAACUAUCAAGAGCAGAACACAGACAACGUAACGCAGUGCUACGCAUGCAUGAGGCAAGCCGGUAUCGAGGUCGACAAGAACAGUGAACCCAGCCUACAGAUGAGGUACAAGAUCCAUAAUUUCUGCAACACCGCGGUUCCGAAUCUAUACGAUUUACUCGCUCUAUUCUUAGUCUGGCUCAAGUCAACCGACGAGCCCGUGGACAACAACACACAGCUAGGCAACAUACCUUCGAUAUCUACUCUAGCCGAUCGCUUCACGAAGACAGACGUGAAUCAGGCUUCCACAACGGUAGCCAGCUCCGCUCAGAACACGGAGACAUCAUGGCCGGAAAGUACGCUUACUUCUGGCGACAUGAUGAUACCGACGCAGUAUUUACAGCAACUACCAAAGAACUGGCCGUAUACAAGCUAUGGCGCGGUAAGUAAGGCAGACCAGACUACCUCGUUCCGUUUGACAAACCCCAAUUCGACAAGUCAAACCGUGGCAUGGCUAUUCCAUGAGAUGCUGUGGAAUCCAAGGCCGCUUUUUACUCCGCCGUCAGCGAGGGGAGAGAUGUAUCAACCAGGGCUUCAGGACUGGACACCAGCGUAUUCGAACGGUGCAGCCCUGACUGCUGUACCUUCUACUCCCGCCGCACCCGAUAUCUCCACGACGAACUUUGAUUCGAGCACAUCGGAUCCCACAGCAACGCCAGCAUUAGAAGGGACGAUGACGCCGAGUACUUCCACGAUUUCGAUAACGCUGUCUACAUCUACAACGACCGCUGUUCUCACAACGGCUGUCAUCAUGUCCACGACUACGUUGACAUCCUCCUCGGUUGCGCUUCCAAUAACAACAACACCGCCGACCUCUUCGUCUCCUCCAUCUUCUUCUUCUUCUUCUUCUUCUUUACUUACCUCACUGGCGCUUCUUCCUAAACGUCCAGAGUACCCGCAAUACCCUGUUCUGAGCAAAACACACGACGCAAGAGACGUCACGGCUGCGUCAUCUCGAAAGCCACUUGUAGAUGUCAUGGCUGGGUCGAAGCAGCAAAUUGGGAACAAAGAGGAGUCGAUUGAGAAAUUGUGGGGUGGGAUACAGAGGGUGAAGAAAGAGAUGAAUCGCUGAUUCUCGACCGAGAGGAUGCAAGAGAGGAGAAAGUGUAACAACAAACCCAUAUACAGGCUAUUCGUGUCAUAAUUACGUAUUAACUAUAUGUACUACUUAUGAACCACCUCCCAAAAUGAAGGGAUUUUCUAGACACGCUUUAUACCUGGAACGCCAACCCAUGCCCCUAUAUACAAGUCCUGUAAAGUGACUCCAUGAAGCGUAUAUACAUAAUGCCAUCUACUUCUUCUUUGCCCUCUGCCUCACUACCUC